AUGGACAAGACAGUCGGGGACGAGCACGUCGGGUGCGAGGCGCUCGCCGCCCGCCUCCCCGCCAUCCGGCCGCGCCUCCAUGUCUUCGGGCACAUCCACGAGGACCACGGCGCGCUCGUCCACGAGUGGCCCGCCGCCGACGCCGAGCCAGAGCCACAGCCCGAGGGCGAUGCCGAGGGCGCGGAGGGCGCUGACUCGGGCCAGAAGGCUGAGCAAACCAUCUUCGUGAACGCCGCGAACUGGCCCAUGGGCCCGAAGGCAUACCGCCCGGGGAGCCGGGUCAACUUCGGGGAGGCA